ACGGUACCUACUACAGAUAAAAAGCUGUGUACAUAGAAAUAAUUUUUUCACGUACACUAUGACAAAUGCAUCGUGGCAACAUCGCAUUAUUUAACCCUCUCUAACCUAUAAAUACAUAUAUAAGAAUUUGACAGUUGUUUCAUCAUGGAAAAAACAAGAUAUAAGGGUAAAUUUAUAAAAAAGAAAACUCUAGAAAGAAAUUUGAAAGCAGUAGAGAUUCUCAAUAAAGGGAAACUAAAAAAACAAAUUAGAAAUUUAACUUAUUCCAAUAGAGAAGCCGAACAUCCAAAAGUAAUCUCAAGUAGCAUGAAACAUGGUUUGUGUGAAGGCAUACGUUUUAUAGAUUUACAAGUUUUAAGUGAAAAUUUACAAUGUGAAAAAUGUGGUCAAUUGUUGCAUUUAAAAAAUGCAACUGAAGAAAAAUUAGUUGGUCAACGAGUGAAUUUGUUAGUGACAUGCACUGAAUGUCAAGCUGUCAAAGAAGUAUACACGACUAAAUCACACCUGUCAAGUGAUAAAAAAACAAUGAAAAGUGAUGUUAAUACAAGAUUAAUUCUUGGUGCCAUACACAGUGGGAUUGGGUGUACUGCUUUAAAUAAAAUGUUAGCUUGUAUGAAUUGUCCAAUAAUUUAUCCAGCAUUAUAUAAAAAAUUUGAGCGAGAAGUUGGAUUGGCUAUUGAAAAAACUGCCAAAAAUAGUUGUAAAGAAGCUGCAGAAGAGGAAAGACGUCUUGUGGUUGAAAAUAUUACAAAAUUAUGUGAAGAACUGUAAGCUAAUUUUUUAUGAAUUUUGAUUCUUUAAAAUCAUAGUAAACGAAUGGAUUAUUGUAUAGAUAGUUGAAAACUAUAGUUACUUAUGAUUUUAUGUCUAUUUUUUUACCAAUCAGUUUAUAGUUUUUUAUAUAUAGUAAAUGUUUUAAUUAUGAAUAUAACUCUUUUUUGGAGUAAAUACGUAAUGAAAUCAAUUUUUAAUUUGAAGAAAUUCAAAUGAUGUAAUGUAAUCAAUGUACCAUAAAAAUUCAAUUUUUUUUGUAGCUUCCAUGAAGUUUUUUCAGGAAAU